AUUUUAACAAGGUUGAGAAGCACCGAAACGAUUAACGAACAGACCUUCCGCUGUCACUGUGGUAAAAUGUCGAAUUUGACAUCUAUAGGUUAUGUAGAUACGUUCCUUUUGAAAAAUAUUAUAUUUGAAAUGAGUGAAUCCAAAAAAUAAUUGUAUACUACCAAAUAUUCUUCUUUAUUCAGUUUUACAAUUCUGUGUAGAAUAAGCUGAUACUUUGUCAAUACUAAAAAGGGUUCAGCAAAAAUGUUCCAAUUGACUACCAUGAUGACAAGAAGUUCAAAGAGCUGCAGUGUUUUACCCUUACUAUUGAGGUUCAACAAUUAUUCAUCGUCCUCCUCAUUUCCCGAACUAAAAUUCACAGCGAAUCAACCGUCACCUGAUUCAGGAAAUAGUAUAAGUUCUGGCAAGGUGUUCAAAGGCCAGCGACCCAUUAAUUCUAUGGUAGCUGCAGUUUUUGAUUCCUUGAAGGGUGAAAACAGUCAAAUCAAGACCCCUCAAACAGAUUCCAAACUUGUAGAAGCCACAACUGUAGGUGAAUUGCUUACUGUAACAGAUGGUAAUGGAGUUUCAAGAAGGCAUGCAUUGAAGGUAGUUUCAAUUCUAGCAGAUUGGUCAUCUACUGGUAAAGUAAAGCUGUCUGAUUUUGAAACUGAUCCAAGAUUUCUGAGAUUGUGCAGAAUCUUGAGCAAACAAUCAUCUGCAGUAGCAAAAACUAGCAGGAACAUAUCUCAUGGUGAGGAUCUUUCCACUAUAUUGAAUAUAACUGCUGAGGAUGAGGCUGCUAAAAUGGUGACAGGUUUAACUUUAUCACAAAUGGUUAAGGUUAUGUCAGCCCUGUCGUCGAAAAAGAGAAGGUCGAUCCUGUUGCUGCGAUCGCUGGCGUAUAACAUAACGGGCAGCUCGGAGCUGCUGAAUUUGAAGGAGGCCGGCGACCUGCUGUACAGCAUGUCCACGUUGAACUUUCCCGACGAGAACUUGCUGUCGAGGAUCGCCGCCGACACGUGUUCGGAGCUCGAAAACGCUGGCUCCGAACUGGAGAAAAUCGCGAGGAAGAGCUCGGUCGUCGGGUCUAUCUUGACCAGCGUCGGUCUGCUCAGAUACAAAAAUCCAGCUCUAUUGGAUGCCCUUAGUGAAUGGAUGAUCAAGAACCAAGGAUUGUGCAGACCUCAGGAUAUAUUCAGCUUAUUUCUGACCUUGGCCGUUCUCAACUAUUUGCCAACAAAUGCUGAAAAAUUAUUCCAGUUGUUUCUGCCACAGUUGACACCGUCCGAGGCAGGAAAAUCCUCGGUUUGGUUAGAAGUCGUGUGGUCUCUAGUAUUAUUGAAUAAAGCCACAGAUGAACACAUAUCUAGCAUAUUGGAUCCCAUGUUUCUGAAGCAACUAGAAGGUUAUACGGCAAUGUCCGCGAGACUGAAGCUGCUGAAUAUCGAGGGGGCGGCAAGUUAUCUGCAAGAGGGCUACACGGGGCCGCGCCUCCCGCUUGACUCCCGCAUCAGGGAGGCAAAGUACGCGCCCACCAAGGAGAAGGAGGAGAUCGUCGCCGCCGUUCUGGACACCCUCAGGAAUCUGAUACAAUCGGAGAAGCUGGUGAGGACGCGGGUCGAUACCGGGCUAGGAUUUUUCAUUGAUGCCGAAUGUUUACUAGACAAGAAGUGCAGUCCCCUCCCCUUAGAACAAAUUGAAUUGAACACGGACGCAAGAAGGGUAGCAAUUAUGGUAUAUGAUUACCAUGACAUGUGCCGAGGUAGAGCCGAACCGACGGGGGUCAACGCAUUUGCCGCUAACUUGCUCCAAGCUCAGGGCUACAGGAUAGUGACAAUUCCAUACACCGAAUUCAAACCCAGAGAUAAGUUGAUACAUCGGGUGCAGUAUUUAGAAGCAAAGUUAAAAGAUAUUGUUGCAUAGAUGAAUUCUUUUGUUGUUAAUCAGAUUUUUCUGUUAUUUGUGAUUAUUUAUAAAAGAGGAAAUAAAUUAAGAUAUAGGUAGGUAUCUAAUAUAAUUCCUCUGUGUUUUUUAAUAAUAUGAUAUCUCCGA